AUGGGGAGCAUCACGCCUUCCGUUUCCGACCCGAAGCAGGUCUUUAAAACGCCAUGGAUCGAGACUCCACUAGUCGAGUCUGCCUGCCUCUCCCGGGCAGCUGGAUGUAGGAUCUUCCUGAAGCUGGAGAACGUCCAGCCCAGCGGCUCCUUCAAAUCGCGGGCUAUGGGCAACCAGAUCCUGUCGCAUCUACGCAACCCAGCAUACGCCAACCGCCCAGUCCAUUUCUACGCUUCGUCCGGUGGCAACGCCGGGCUGGCGGCCGUAUGCGCCGCCCGGAGCCUGGGCUACCCAUGCACCGUGGUGGUGCCGGUGUCCACCAAGCCGUUGAUGCUGGAGAAACUGCGGGCGGCUGGGGCCGCGGACGUGGUUCGCCACGGCGAGACGUUCUCCGAGGCUGGCGAGUACAUGCGGGAAGUCAUCAUGAAGAAUGGCAGCCCCGGUGAGGAGGACGUGGCCAAGAUCGCGCUGCAUCCGUUCGACAAUCAGCCCAUCUGGGAAGGUAAUAGCACAAUCGUCGACGAGCUGGAGAAGCAACUUCCGCGCGCUGCCAGCGUUGAGGAGGACGAGGUUUACCGAGGGCGGGCGCUUCCUCUGGACGCAGUGCUCUGCAGUGUUGGAGGUGGUGGGCUUCUUAAUGGUCUCGUCAUGGGCCUUGAGAAGCGAAGGUGUCAGAAGCAGAAAGACUAUACCAGCGUUAACCACUCCUCCUCUUCCUCCUCCUCCCAGCCCAGUCCAAUUCACCUUCUCGCCAUCGAAACGGCUGGUACCGAUUCUUUGGCCGCCGCUGUCGCCAAAAACUCUCUCGUCUCCCUCCCCAGGAUCACCUCCCAAGCCACCUCGCUCGGUGCCAUCCGCGUAUCUGAGACCACCUUCCAGUAUGCCGUCGCACCUCCGCCGGGAAUCAAGGUACACAGCACCGUCCUCUCAGAUGCAGACGCAGCUCGAGGGGUUCUCCGCCUCGCCGAUGACGAGCGGCUCCUGGUCGAGCUGGCAUGCGGCGUCUGCGUGGAGGCGGCCAUUGGCGACGCAUCUACAGCAACUUCUGUAUCGGGGGCGGCCGGCACCGGAGGCCAAAGCACCAAGAAGCGGAAAAGGGGCUCUGGCAGCCCCUCGGUCUCGCACCGCGAUGAAGGGUACGGCGAUGACCGGUUGUCUUCGACGGAAAACGAGACGGACCAAGAACAUGACCCAGAUACCGGCGAUGCCGUGUCAUCUGCGGUUCCCCGGUUCCAGUCCAAACUCAAGCAACUCGUCCCGGACCUCAACCCACAGAGUAGAGUUGUGAUCAUCGUCUGUGGUGGGAGCAAUGUGACCAUCGAUAUGGCGGGCGAGUGGCGCAAGAUGCUGCAAGAGGGGUGGGUUUGA